UUGUUUUAGGUGAUUCUACUUGUUAGGCGUACGUUCGAAGAGAACGUAUGUGAACCUGACUGUGAAAUUGUAAAUUAUAACCUCACGAUUGAGUUUCAAAAAUGAGGAUUGCUGUGGAGGGUUGCGCUCAUGGCGAAUUGGACAUUAUUUAUGAGACUAUACAGGAAAUCGAGAAGAUCGAUGGAAGGAAGAUAGAUCUGCUUAUUUGCUGCGGCGAUUUUCAAGCUACUAGAAAUUUAAGUGAUCUAGAAUGCAUGGCAGUACCGGACAAAUACAAGGAUAUGUGUACAUUUUACAAGCUUUCUGGAAAAAUUGAUAUUUUCUUAUCCCAUGAUUGGCCAGCAGGAGUAACAAGAUAUGGAGAUGAAGACAUGUUAUUGAGACGGAAACCAUUUUUUAAGGAUGACAUAGAAAGCAAUACGCUUGGUAGUCCUCCAUGCAUGGAAUUAUUAGAACGUCUUUAUCCGUCCUACUGGUUCUCCGCACAUUUGCAUUGCAAGUUUGCGGCGCUCAUUCCCGAGAAAGGAGGAGCACGAGUAACGAAGUUUUUAGCGCUGGACAAAUGUUUACCGAAACGGAAGUUCCUUCAAGUAUUGGAAGUGCGUUCACAUGAAGACGGUCCAAUACAUUUGAGUUAUGAUCUAGAAUGGUUAACGAUAUUAUAUUUGACGAAUCAUUUGUUAAGCGUCAAAAACAGUAUUCAUUAUAUGCCCGGUCAGUACAGCACCGGCAGAUGGACAUAUAUACCUACGGCAAAGGAGAAACAGACCGUGCAUGAGAAGUUCGGCUCCAAUUUGCGGAUUCCUCUUAAUUUCACACGAACAGUUAAACCGUAUGAUCCGUACGACAUGAAUACUCGAGUCGAACGGCCGCAACUAUUGAUAAAUGAUCAGACUACCCGAUUCUGUCAAACACUGGGCAUCGAUGAUCCUUCCGCUUUAUUGCAGAUUAUCUCAAACACGAAGGAUAAUAGCAGAUCGAAUGAUAUGUCAAUGGAAACAUCUGGCGAGUAUAUGUCAGAAUCCAUGGAUAUUUCGUUCGAAGAGGAAAGCAUGUUCAGCUCCACUUUUGAGAAUUCAACAAACAAAUAUUUUGUUGAUAGUUCACCGACGAACUUAUCCCUUAAAAGCGACGAUUCGGAAAAUGGAGACACGAGUAAAAGCACUUUGGAUGGAACUACUAAUAAUUCAACCAUAUCUGCAGAUUCUGCGAUGGAGGACAAUAAUGAACAAACCGAUUGUAUUUCACCCGAGCCGAUCUGCAAAAAAUUUAAACGUCGGAAUUAUUCUGUAUACUCUAGCACAUUCCGAAGGAUGGACAAGUUGACUAUCAUCUCAGUAAUACUCUUUCUGCUCGCGGACAUCUCUGCCAUAAUCAGUAUCGCCAUGCCGGACUGGAUCAUUACCGAUGUCGGCGGUGACACGAGAUUAGGUCUUAUGUGGUCAUGCAUGACCUUGUACAACAGACCGCAGGUGUGUUACAAGUCGGACCUUCAUUCGGAAUGGAUGAUGGCACUAGUCUGCAUAUUUAUAGGUUGCAUUUUAAUUACGGCGACCAUAAUAUUAAUGGUGAUUUCACACUGGGACCGUACAGUCAUUCCCUUUGCACGCUGGGUAGGAUUCGCCGCCAUGGUGCUAUUUUGUAAUGCAGCAGUUAUAUUUCCAAUGGGAUUCUACAUUGACGAGAUUGGUGGGCAACCAUAUCAAUUGCCCAAUUCACAUCAAGUUGGGAUCGCUUAUAUUUUGUUUGUCUUAGCUUUAUGGAUCACAGUAAUCUCUGAACUUUUUGCAGGCAAAGUUUGUCUACCACAUUUUUAGCAUUGUUCUGUAGCGCAAGUAUUUGUUAAUUAUAUUCUGUUAACGUUUACGCUUAUAUUAUUUAGUAUCGUUUACAUUAAUGAUAUAUAAAAUUAUUUUUAUUUUAUGAUAAUUUUACAAAGCUUUAAAAAAGGGUUGUAUCAAGUUUUGCUAUAUAUCUUAAGAUUGAAAUAUAAUAAGGAUCUAUUAAUUUCUAUUAUUUAAUAAAUCUAGAAAAUA